AUGCAGGCAGUACUCAGUCAGAUUCACAAGGCCAAUAUGAAGGCCCUUAUACUGAGUCGCAUGAACGUUACCAUGGUCGUCCUGGACGGGAUUGCAAUGCUGAUGCUGAUCAUCGCGUGGGCUGUGACCGUGAAGAAGGAGCAGGGUGGCGUGAUGGCGCGCUAUGCGGCCAGCAUUAUUGGGUUCAUUCUACUCGCCAUCACCAUGACGCUCUCUAUCCUGGUGCAGCGCCUUCAGCCGCGCCUCUCUCUUUUAUAUGCGCACCAGAUGAUGGCGGUGCUGACGCUCAUUCUCAGCUCCAUCAGCAUGGGCAUGAAUGACGUAGUGGUGGAUCUCUGCAACCGCGGCAAGCAGGUGGAAAAGACGCAGUGCGGCUCUCACAUUGUCGAGACGAUCGCUGAGGUUAUCGUUGCCCUCACCAUGGUCUUCGACUACGGAUCCUCGCAGCAGCGCAUUGUGACCUUCAUUGACAAAGGCAUCCUAGAUGGCAUCAAGGGCCGCUCCAACGCCGGCGGCAUGACCCAACUCCCCUAG